AUGAGCACUUUUGAAUACCCUUCUCUCUUUGACUUUCCACCCUUUUUCACUCGUCAAAUUGUAGAUUCUACUUGGAAAAGUCAAGCAUCUGAUUGGGAAAAGCUUAUAUUGAGUUAUGCAAAACAUAAACGAUUGUUUAGACUUGAGCUUCACAAAGCUACUACAUCUUCAGAACAUGAAAUAUUUGUAAAUAAAAAGAUAAAUAGACGGCUGUCCUUUGAGACCUUGCAGGAAAUUAUUGAAGAAAUGGUAAAAAAAGGAACGGCAGAAUGGGAAGGUGGGCCAAAAGGACCAAGGGCUGAGGCAUUGAUAUACUGGCAUACACCUGAAGAAUGGGCAAAUUUGAUAUGGAAUUGGAUAAACGAAACAGGACAAAAUGAUCAAAUUGUAACUUAUUAUGAAAUUGCUCAUGGUGAGCUAGCAGAGGGGCAAGAGUUUUUCGAGAUUGAUAAUACAAUGCUUGAUAAAGCAUUAAAUGUAUUAGUAAAAAAAGGCAACGCGCAAAUCUUUAAGGGUACAGAUGAAGACAGUAUGGGUGUCAAAUUCUUUCAAUAAAUAUU